UGCUAAAGGCAGCCUCUCUCACAAGCUCUCCAGGCUUGCUACCAUUUAAAAUCAGACUCUUUUUGUCUUUUGAUUGCUGUCUCGCGACCCAACUCCGAUGUGUUCAGUUAUCAGCGGCCGGCAGCCUGCCAUUCCAAGCCCUGUCUGGGUGGGGAGCGGUGGAGAGUCCCCCGCAGCCGCGGCGGGCAAGGUUAUAUAGGAAGAGAGAGCGCGAGGCAGCCAGCGGGAGAGCGAGCGAGAGGGCGAGCCUGAGCGAGGAAGGGAGAGCGCAAGAGAGAGCGCACAGGCACACACCCGCCGCGCGCACUCGCGCACGGACCCGCUCGGGGACAGCUCGGAAGUCAUCAGUUCCAUGGGCGAGAUGCUGCUGCCGGCGAGAUGUCUGCUGCUAGUCGUCGUCUCCUCGCUGCUGGUGUGCUCCGGGCUGGCGUGCGGACCCGGCAGGGGGUUCGGAAAGAGGCGGCACCCCAAAAAGCUGACCCCUUUAUCCUACAAGCAGUUUAUCCCCAACGUGGCCGAGAAGACCCUCGGCGCCAGCGGAAGGUAUGAAGGGAAGAUCUCCAGAAACUCGGAGCGAUUUAAGGAACUCACCCCCAAUUACAACCCCGACAUUAUAUUUAAGGAUGAGGAAAACACCGGAGCGGACAGGCUGAUGACUCAGAGGUGUAAGGACAAGUUGAACGCCUUGGCCAUCUCGGUGAUGAACCAGUGGCCAGGAGUGAAACUGCGGGUGACCGAGGGCUGGGACGAGGAUGGCCACCACUCAGAGGAGUCUCUGCACUACGAGGGCCGCGCAGUGGACAUUACCACGUCCGACCGCGACCGCAGCAAGUACGGCAUGCUGGCCCGCCUGGCGGUGGAGGCCGGCUUCGACUGGGUGUACUACGAGUCCAAGGCGCACAUCCACUGCUCGGUGAAAGCAGAGAACUCGGUGGCGGCCAAAUCGGGGGGCUGCUUCCCGGGCUCGGCCACGGUGCACCUGGAGCAGGGCGGCACCAAGCUGGUGAAGGACCUCCGCCCCGGAGACCGCGUGCUGGCGGCGGACGACCAGGGCCGGCUGCUCUACAGCGACUUCCUCACUUUCCUGGACCGCGACGACGGCGCCAAGAAGGUCUUCUACGUGAUCGAGACGCGGGAGCCGCGCGAGCGCCUGCUGCUCACCGCCGCGCACCUGCUCUUCGUGGCGCCGCACAAUGACUCGGCCGCUGGGGAGUCCGAGUCGUCCUCAGGCAUGGGGCCGCCUCCCGGGGACGCGCUGGGGCGCCGGGCGCUAUUUGCCAGCCGCGUGCGCCCGGGCCAGCGCGUAUACGUGGUGGCCGAGCGCGAUGGGGACCGCCGGCUCCUGCCUGCCGCGGUGCACAGCGUGACCCUGCUCGAGGAGGCCACGGGCGCCUACGCGCCGCUCACGGCCCAGGGCACCAUCCUCAUCAACCGGGUGCUGGCCUCGUGCUACGCGGUCAUCGAAGAGCACGGCUGGGCGCACCGGGCUUUCGCGCCCUUCCGCCUGGCGCACGCGCUCCUGGCUGCACUGGCGCCCGCGCGCACGGACCGCGGCGGAGACCGCGGCGGCGGGGGCGGAGGGGACGGCGGGGACGGCGGGGGCGGCGGCGGCGGCCGAGUUCCCCCGCCCGCGCCAGGUGCGGCAGACGAUCCGGGCGCGGGGGCCACCGCGGGCAUCCACUGGUACUCGCAGCUGCUCUACCAAAUAGGCACGUGGCUCCUGGACAGCGAGGCCCUGCACCCCCUGGGCAUGGCGGCCAAGUCCAGCUGAAGCCCGGGGCCUGGGGAGGGGCGCGGGAGGGGGCGGGGCGGGGCAGCAACAGCAACGCAAAAAGACGCUCGGAAAAGGCGCACGAACCAGACUGAGUUAUAAUAAUAAUAAUAAAGUAGGACAGUCCAAAGUAGACGCUAAGGAAACGAGGACCCCGGGAAGUUUUGUUGUUGUGUUUAGUUUAUAUUUUUUAAUCUUUUGGUUAUUGUUUUAUUUUGGUUAUUUUUCCUCCUCUCCUGGCUAUUUAUUUGUUUGGUAUGAAUAGAUGUUUUAAAUAAUAUGAACCGGACCUUCAAGAGCCUUAAAUAGUUUGUUUCUUGGAUAAUUUAUUAUCAUGUGAACUGUACUCACAGGGGGAGAGAUUAUUUUGUGAGGCCAAGCAACCUGCUCAGAGUCUAUUUUUCUACACGUCCCUCGCCCCGGCCGUCAGAAAGCUAACUUCCGUCCUCGCCAUCCCUCCUUCCAUCUCCUGCUUUCAGCAAGUGCAAACUCAAACGUGCUUCAUGGGGGUCCACAAAUUAUAUUUUUAUACACAGAAUUGUAAAUUAGAUUUUUUGAGAGAUCAAUACUUAACUGAAUGACAUUUCAUUUUUGAAAUAGUGUAAAAUAUGAAAAUAUAUUAUUUUAAUUUAACUAGCUUCCGAUGUCACAGCCACCUCCUCUGCUGUCUCUGUGGUUUCAUAUUCCCUUUGUAUUCACCAUUUUGCCACAUUCUUGGAAGCCAAGACUGUUACACACACACACACACACACACACACACUUUUUUUUGGACAAACUGGAAGAACUCUGUUAUUUUUAACUUCAAAGAAUUUAUUAGAAAAUAAUAUUUUUUAAAAGCGCACACAGCGAUGAGCCCAUGAGGAUGGAGCCUGCAGUUUGUACAGAGAAAAACAAAGGAUGUUUUCGCAUUAAUAAAUUGAGAAAUAACUGCUGUAAAUUUACUAAAAUGUAUUUUUGAAUAUUUUGUAAUAGUUUUAUAGAAAUAAAAUGUGCCAUGCACAGACCGCUUAGUAUCUAAUAAUUAAGAAUUCCUGUUGCAGCCCUUUUUCUUUUCUUUUUUGGCUUCUUUGUUUGGGAAACCCAGCGCUGACUGGUGCUCCCAAUAUUCUAUUUAGAUGUGUUGCUUAUACUGUGAAUUCAGACUGACUGACUUAGGCAACCAAAGUAGGCACACAAAUCAACUUGUUUCUUCUCAUGGCUGGAGAAACCUCAGCUCUGCUUGUAUUUACUGUGUGAAGCUCUUCCUACACUCCCAAAGGUUGGGGGUGCCAUCUGUGGGGACUGCUGUCCCCCUCACCCCACCCCUUAACUAGCAAAGCCUAAUGUGUAAGCCCAGAGGACCUUCUCCUAGGGCUUCUGCAUGUGGUUGCUGGGCAGACCCCCUGGCCCAACCCAGUUGGUGCUGUCUCGGAUCUGUAGAGAGGAGGCUCAUUGUUGCUUUCUGAGGUCCUGUUGUGCCCUUUCCAGAAAGAGUCCCUAGAAUUGAGGACCAGAUUUGAUCUCUGAAGCGCCUGUCCUCUUUUCUUGAGGGUCCCCUUAAAUCAGAGUGGCAAGCCUACCGUGGCAUGGGCCAGCUGCUAGAAUGGCGGGCUUGCUAUUGAGGCCCUUGGGCUAUGCUGGUUGUCUGUCUGACGAGAUCAGGCAUGGGCUGUGAGCCCUGCUGAGUGGGCAUGAUGCUGUGGGCUCUGGGUUGGGAAAGGUCCUUCUGUGAGCCCUGUUGAGUGGGCCCGCUGCUGUGGGUGCCAGGUUGGGGAAGGCCUUCCAUGGUUCCUGCCACCUCGGAGGUUUGGCUGAGAGGGUCUCUGCCCUUGGCUGUUGUCAGGGUCCUCGGUGGGGGACUCCUGCCAGUUCUUUGGCUUACGGAAGGUAUCUGUCAUGCUUUGUGCUUUGGGCCGAAGUAUCUGAGCAGGCUGGGCUUUGGAAGAGUGAAGCUGAGUGAGUGGGGGCCUCUAACAGAUGGACCUGUGAGGAAGGUGGUCCAGGUUUAGGGGGCAGGGGUGAACAGACCAGCCUGACCUGGCCUGGGCUGGCUCCCGAGUCUGGGGCCCGUCCCUGAGGAGUUGCUUUGCAGAGGGUCUCGCCUUGAGUGGCCUUCCCGAAAGGCUGCGUGCCCCGGUGGAUGGCACAGGGCCUCUGCCAGCCUCCCCAGGGCCAGGCCUUCUGCGCAGGAGCAGUCCUCAGCCUUUUUCCGUAAAAGACUUUUCUUUGGUCUCCUAGGUGGUCAGCAGGUUCCAGGCUGGUGUUUACAGUCUCUCGGGGGGUGGGGGGAGUGUGUCUAUUCUUUUGACAGUUCAGUCUGAUUCCAAGUUAGUCCAAAGUGAGCCAGAAGCACUGGGCGAAGCUCUGGCUGUGUUGACAGACCUGCCAACUUGGCCGCGCAGCCCCAGCGGAUGGAGGGAACUCGGGCAUUGGCCAAGCCCCAAGGUGCUCAGGCCAUGGCACAGCUCUGCUGGUGACCAGGGCACCUUGGAGCAGAGCUUCACCCAGAUGGGAAAUCCAGACUCCUGGGUGGCACUCCAUCCUGACAGGCCCGGUGGCAGAGUCUCCAAGCGGCUGAGUGCUGUCCCCAGGCCUCCUGGUCCAUCUUCCUAAGACCCAUUCACUGCUUUAUAUUUAAAAUUCUCUUUCUCGCAGGCAAGGAAAGGAAACCGCUGCUUAGAGAAACUAGGUACAGGGCCCAGUCCCGCCAGGACGCGGUGCCAACUUCUCAUUCAGGAUUGAUGAGCCAAGAGUUUGUGCAAAAUGUGCGCAUGGUGGUUGCUGCCAGCCUCCCUCAUGACUAAAUGCAUAUCUAUUCCUGUCAAAACGUGUAUCAGAAUGUACUUGAAACUGUUAUCUUUGUGCUCUAUUGUUUGAAUAAUUAAAGAAAUUACAGAGGCUCUCUGCAGUGUCUGUUAUGUGGUAGAACCCUG